GAACAAUGCAAUGCUCGGAUGGAAUGAAUUAUAUCAGGCUCUUUAUGUAAAAACUGCUUAUAAAAGAAACUAUAAAAGUGCUUCAGUUUAAACGGUUCAUACGUUUCAUGAGAUUUCUCCGGCUCCAUUUAAAACCAAAACAAAAUAUUAUAUUCGAACUCAUCAUUUCUACUUUAAAAUGUCUUACAGUCUAGGCUAGCAAUAUAAAUUCGAAAUAUAUUAAUUGUUGUUUGAAAAACCAAAUUUUUUUUUAUCUUAUGAAGUAAUAUCCUUGAUGAUCUUCAUUCUAUGUUAGAAGUAAUAUGGAGGAUUUAAUUGAAGCCUUUGCUGUGUCACAAGUGACUACCGAUCCGAAUUCUACUGCUGCUGAACAUCCCCGAUUUGCACUUUAUAAGGCUAAGAACCGUUUGUCUAGUCAAGAUGAGAGGAGAAGAAAAUUCUUAGAGGCCCAAAAGCAGAAACGUUAUGACUAUGCCAGCCAUGCUAGAAAACUAGCUACUGAUGAGUGGGGUGAAGAGGAGGAAACUGAAGACAAAGAGAAUGACGGCAUGGAAUGUGAGGAAAUCAGCAUAAAGCCUCCAAGAUAUUAUAAAGAUCAGUUAAUGCUUUCGGAAUGGUUAGUCGAUGUACCAGACGAUAUGGCUGCCUUGUGGUAUUUAGUACUUUGUCCAGUAGGAAAGCGCUCUCUAGUUGUUGCAUCUAGGGGUAAAACCAAAGUAUAUACUAGAAGUGGGUACAGAGUGAAUACCUUUUACUCACUUUUACCUGGUGGCAAUUGGCGUAUUGAAGGAUCAGGUAGAGCUUAUACCAUCUUAGAUUGCAUAUUCGAUGAAUCUAAUAAAACAUAUUAUAUAUUGGAUGUAAUGUGCUGGAAAUCUCACCCUUGUUAUGAUUCAGAUACAGAGUUUCGAUUUUAUUGGAGGAAUACAAAAAUUGAGGAGACCCCAGAAGUGAAAACUAUUUCUGAUGAUAAUCAGUAUAAAUUUAUUCCUUUACCUCAUUAUGACUGUGAUACUGAAACUUUGAAGAAAACUCUUCAGGAUCCUUUACCUUUUCCAUCAAAACUGGAUGGUUUGCUGUUUUAUCACAGAAAAACUCAUUAUAUCAGCGCCACUACUCCUUUAGUAGGUUGGCUUAAAGCUUACAUGGUACCUGAAAUGCUUAAUAUUGAAGUACCAUCCUCUCUUUGUGAAGAUAAACCUUCUGGAUAUGUCUCUAUGCAGCAACAUAUCCCAAAGGCAUUUGAAGUAGCUGCUGAAAGAAAAAAAGAUGAAGAGAAGCAAAUGAUGUUUGAAGAAACUUGAGAAGUUGUAAAAGAUUUGAGUCAUUAUUCCAAAGGAAUAAUGAAAAUUAGUUUAAAGAAAUAUCUUUUCAAGAUGUCUUUGCUUCAUAAAAAUUCUCACCUUAAUUAACUCAAAGCUAAAAUAAUUGCCUUUAUUGAAGUAUAUAUAAGUUUUCCUUUAUAAAUAUUUUAAAAAGAGAACUUUUUUCCAUAGUUAUUAACAAAUUGCAAGUUUUUAUUUACAUACUGUUUUAAAUUAAGCACAAUAGCAGUUUUCAGCUUUUUUUCUACAUUUAGUUUGAUUUGUAUGAAGUGCUUAAAAAAGUGUUUCAUUUUGUAAGUUUUGUGCAGUCUCUCCCUAUUUAUGGUUUAAUACAAAUUUUCAAUGAAAACCACUGCAAACAUCUAUUCAUAUGUAUAUUUUCUUGAAAUUAUUAGUUAUGAAAAAAACUGUUUUGCUUAUGUUUUUUGUAAUUUAAUUUAUUACUACUCAAUUCAUACUUAGUUUCAUCUAUAAAACUUGUGAUAUUAUUACUUGUUUUUAUUUUGUGUUGAUGUUACAAAUUGUGAAAUGUAUAAUAUGUUUUAAUAAAAAUAAAUUCAUUUUUGAAUUCUA